AUGAAUAAUAAUUCAUUCAAAAUAAAUGACAACACGUUAAGUAUGGAAAACUGGAUAGAGCAAGAAGUGAUAGAGAAUGAUGAAAAUCAGACUAGAAACCUGAGCGAGAGGAACAAAGAAGCGAUGCAUAGCGACGCGGAAAGCAAAGCACAACAGGGGGGAAGUAGAAACAAGGAAGAUUUGAAGAGACAAGAUGAAAACGACAGCGAAAUGGCGAUCAAGAAAGAAAUCAACAAAAUAAAUGAAUCCUCUAAUUACACCAAUUCUGAUACAACGAAAGAUUAUACAAUUAUUGUGCCCCCAAGGAAAAAAAUGAAAAACAUGACAGAUGAAGAGGUCGACGGGGAGGACAGUUUCUUUCCCGCAGGAAAACGCCAAAGUAGUGAACAGGAGUACAUUACCGAAUCGCUGCAAAGCAGUUCCUUGGAUUUGAAGCAUAAAAACAAAAAGUUAAAAAAAAAGAGCGUGUGUGAUGGUAGCAUGCAGGAGAACGGCCAUGAGGGAAAAAGUGGAAAAAAUAGACCCAAAGGAAAAAUUGCACAAUGUCAGGAGAUGUAUGACCAGACGGUCGAUGAGUUGAGCGAUGAAGGAGAGGCUGCAGACACCAGCGAAGUAAGCGACGAAGAGAGCAGUGAUGAGAGCAGCCAAAGAGAGGACGAUUUAAGCAACCCCCUUUUGAAGAAAAAAGGGAAAAAAAUGGACAAGCAAAAAAAACAUAACAUGUUAAGGGAAAAGCUAAACAAAACGAAAAAAAUUAACUUUAAAAAGGAAAAAAAUAACACCAAAAAUGAAAAACAGAGGUAUGCCAAGUAUAAGAGGAAUAAGGAAAAUAUCAAGAUGACCUUCGACGUGACCAGCCGCUUUACCGUCCUAGGUUGUGACUGGGACAAUAUAUCCAGUGCCGACAUUUUCUACCUGUUUGAGUCAUAUUACAAUUUUGAAAAGAGGAAAAAAAAAAACAUAGAUUAUACAAAAAGUAGAGCCGUGAAGAAGGUCACUAUAUACACCUCCAAAUAUGGAGAAAAAAAGCUCAAGCAGGAAAGAAAACAUGGCCCCAAAAUUAAUUUAGACAUCCUAAAGCUGAAAAGGAAAGGUGACGGAGCUGUCUAUAGGCACAACAACUUUCUGGAUUACUUUCAGGAUGAAGAGGAGGAGGAGGAGCAGGAAGAGGAUGAAGAUGACGGUGAAGAGGGUGACGAGGAGGGUGAUGUAGGUGACGAAGUAGGUGAUGAAGAGGCACUGAGCCCAAGUGAGGACACCGGCAACAGCAGCAGCGGAGGUGCCGACGAAAGUGUUAAUAGUGACGAGAGCGUCGAGAGUGACGAAAGCGCAGACGUGGACGAUACUGCUGAUCAGGACGACAGCACAGGCGAUGACGAAAGUGUAGACUCCGAGAGCAGUGCACGGGAUGAGGCAAAUGGUGAGAAGGCUCCCAGGAAGGAAGGCACAAAGGCGAAAUCACAUGGGAAGGACUCCUCCAAGGCCAAGCUUAAGAAAAAAUCAAACGAGCAAGCCGUUUUGCACGGCAGCCUCAGUGCCGACGAGGAAGAAGAAAAUGAAAAAAUACGACUAUACCAAAUCCAGCGUUCAAGAUACUAUUUCGCAGUAGUAGAAUGCUAUAAUAAAGAAAUUGUAGAAUUUUUAUAUGAAGAAUUGAACGACAUGGAUGCAGAUUUUUGCAUCAAUUAUUUGGAUCUUAGGAUAAUUGAUGAUAACUGCUCCCUUGAUGAUUAUAAGGUAAAAGAGACAUGCAAUAAGAUACCUGAUAAUUAUCAAUUCCAUUAUAGCGUGAGCACACCUCUAAAACAUACGCAUGCCAAGUCAACAUGGGAUGAAAAUCCCAAGAGGAAAAAACUUCUGUCCACGAGGUUUAGUGAAGAAAAGUUAAGAGAACUGGACCUGAAGGAAUAUCUAGCUAAUUCUUCAUCCAGCGAUGCGGAAGAGGAGGAAGAAGAGAAGGAGGACGGGCGAAAUCGCAACCAGGAUAACUCACAACUUAACAAAAGGGAAAAAUACAACAGGGAAGAUUAUAGAAAGCUGCUCCUUGGAGAUUGGUUAAAUGAAGAUGACACACAGAGUCCUCAAAAGGAAGAACUCAAUUGGGGAGUAGCCAAAACUGGUGGCAAAGGUACACGUGGAGACGACAUUAGCAAAAUGAACUUCUCCAUGUACAUGGACGAAAUGGAAGAAGACUUUGCAGACAGGGAGGGAGUUAUCAAUUUGUCGAAAGAGGGAAUUUUUGCCUCGAAUAAGAAGGCAGGUGGAAGUAUCACGAACGAGUUAGUUCAAAGUUACCAUCAAAAAGGUGCUGAAAAAAAUAAACAUAAAGCGAAAGGAAGCGCCGCUGCCAUUCUCAAUGCGAAGGAGGCGGAGGACGCGGACGACAGCGACAACGAAAACGAAGUCGUACAAGUUUUCAAAAACAUGCUAAAAAAUAAGGACCAAAAGGAAGAAAAGAAAAAUCCGUGGGAAAAGUACCUAGAUAGGGUGAGACAGAAAAAGAAAUUAAAGAAAAAGGCCUAUUUGGAGUCCCUGAAAAAGAAAGAUGAAGAAAUAAAAAAAAUCAUAACGAAAAAAACAAACAAAAGGAAAAAAGAUGUCAUGUUUAAAAGCCACGGAGAAAACCUGCUAGAAAAAGUAAAUGAUGGCCACCUAAUUGAUAGCAGAUUUGCUGACUUGUACAAAAAUAAAGAUUUUAAUUUGGAUAUCACGAACCCGAACUUUAAGAAGACCAAAUUUAAUGAAGAAAUACUUCAGAAGAAGAAGUUAUAA